AUGACGUCAUCAGGUGAAACAGAAGGUUUCCCGGAGAAAUGGCGCCGUCGCGCAUCUCGUUAUCACCCCGAUUGCUCAAAUGCAGAAAAUGGAAGUCCCGUGAAAGCCGUUUCAGAGAGCAGUUGCGACUUGCGCAGCAAAUUGCUCCUCCAAAAGUCGGCGUUUUACAACCUCGGCAUUGUUAAAAACUCGCGCAUCAAUUCGAAGCACGUGAAUGACUUGCAGGCAGGCGGCUUUCCUACUAGGCAGUUUAAUGUCAGCUGGACGAAGGGCUUCCUUUACUGGCGGAACGAACGGAGCACCACUGUAGAAGAAGGGUACAUAGAUCUGCUACAGAUCGUCGAAAUUCGGUACAAGCAUCGUCUUCGUAUGAUAAAAGUGCCCAAAGCAUCCUGCUUCAGCAUCUACCACGGCGACGAGUUUAAUCUCAAUCUGACCGUUCUUUACUCCCAGUGUGGCGAGAAUGUCGCUAAAGAAUGGGUCACUGGAUUGCAGGAAGUCGUCAAGGAGAUGCAAGACGAAUGGUUCCUUAGGCGUGUCGAUCGAGUUAUUGAGAGCUUCGGUAACCUUCUACUUUCGAAGCAUGAGUAUCAGUUCGCAGAAGACCACUCUAUCUUCGGCAAAAUAAAACCGAUUGACCAGGCGCUCAAGGGCGAAGCCAUGGUCAGCCGGGAAACAUUCAGUUCAAUCUUUGGAACAGAGGUUGACGAAACCGAGCGACUUUUUCAACUAAUAGCGGAAGAAAACGAAGGCAAAUUUAUUUCGCAUCACACGUUCGCCCUUUUCUUGUUCUCCGAGCACAACUCGAUACUGAACCCCGAGUUUGUGAAUGAAGAGCCCGGCGAAAAGUACCUCUCCGCUCCGUUCAGCCAUUACUGGAUUAAUUCGUCUCAUAAUACUUACCUUACAGGGAAUCAAUACUCUUCGAUGAGCUCGGUUGAAUGCUACGUCCGCGCUCUUCGGCAGGGCUGCAGAUGCAUCGAACUUGACUGCUGGAACGGCAAAAACGGCUCCCCGGAGAUCUUGCACGGCCAUACCAUGACUUCUGCUGUACCCUUGAAAGAUGUUCUUGAAGCUAUCGCUGAGCACGCGUUUUCCACCACUAAUCUUCCACUGACACUCUCUAUCGAGAACCACUGCAACAUAGAGCAGCAAGACAUGAUGGCACACUUGUUUAAAACACUUUUCAAGGACAAACUACUCAAAGAAGUUGUAGAUGAGAACGAGGAGCAACUUCCGUCGCCAUGGAUGCUCAGGAACAAGAUACUCAUCAAAAACAGAAAGCUCAAGAGCUCGGAUAAGGAUGAUCAGAUAAAAGACGACAAUGACGAGCACGAAACUUCUUCUUUCCAAGGAUUAGUCAACGUCAUCAGUGCAGACGGUCGACAUCACCCCAAAUUCGCGAAUCUGUUUUCAAACACUGGCGAGCUUCAGUUUUCUAAAAUCCCAGAUCCUGAUUCCCACUUAAAUGGCGAGGAGAGUAUGCUCGACGAUGCAUCUUCAGCGAGUCCCAUUGCGUCGCCGAACUCGAAAAAGACAGACGAAUCAACGCAGAGCAAAAGUUGGUAUCAUGGAAACAUCAGCAGAACGAGGACGGACGAGCUUCUUCAGUCCGAAGGCCGGGAAGGAUCAUGGCUAGUUCGUGACUCGAAUAGAUUCAAGCCAGAUUCAACUCUUUGUAUCUAUCACAAAAACAAAAUCGUUAACAUCAGAAUUCACAAGGAUUACAGGAACCGUUCCAAUCAAAACUUAUCACUUAUAACUCCAGCGGAUUAUUUUUGGAUGUCAGGGAAUAAAUUUUGCGAACGAGUAAACAGAGAUCGACCGGAGCCGUACUACUUUUUGGAUGACAACAGCUCCGAUCAUCCCCUUUGCGACAGUUUAGAAAUACUAAUCGAGCAUUACCAAAACUGUCCGAUCAAAACCGAUUUGCGCCUUCUACAUCCUGUUUGUGUGCCGGAGCAGCAUCUACGAAUGAUCUGGUUCUACCAGAACAUUUCACGUGAUGAUGCGGCUCGCGCGUUAAGAGAUGACUCUGUCACCGACGCAAGCUUCUUGAUCCGCCAAAAAACGGACAAAGAGUUUGCUAUCAGCUUCAGAAGCGAUCGAGAUGGGCCUGUAUCUGUCAAACACGGCAAAAUAACGAAAAUAUUUGACGAGGAAACUCAAGCCUUCAGAUUCGGGGACUCGUUGAUAUUUCCCUCGCUUGUGGCGCUUGUAGAGUACUAUAGAAGAAAUGCUUUUUAUAAAGGAGUGGAGCUAGGUGAGCCAGUCGAGCGGGCGCUCGUCAAUCGUGUCACAUCUCAAGAGAUAGGAGACCAUAAUGGAGAGGAAUACGUCGAUCACACUUCCCGCCUUCAAGUUCAUGCCCUGCACAAAUACGAGGCUGACGACCACAACGAGUUAUCUAUCAAUACGGGCGACAAGAUCAUCGACGUUGAACAGCGCCAAAAAGACUGGUGGUUUGGAAAAAAUCCAAAUACCGGUAUCUCGGGCUGGUUUCCUGCUAACUAUGUCCAAGUUUGCGAUCAAGAAGAUGAGGAAGAAGAUAUGUUGAAAGGAGCUAACGAUGGAAAAAUAACACUUUCCACAUCGUUUGAAAUUACUCAAACUUCUGACCAGGUUAUUACGAUCAGAGAUGCUGCAAAUCGGAAAUCAAUGAGAAUAGGAAAGAGUAACCAAAAAGAAGGAGACGCAGUAAUUGUGGACUUGUUCCAAGCGCUGACUGUAUUUAUGGACAGGAGUCAGCAGAGUACACUCAAUCAUCAGUCAGAACCGCCUCCUAAGAUGCUUCGUUUGUCUAGAAACCUCUCUGAUCUCGUCGUAUACUGCCAAGCGACAACGUGGAGUGAAGAGUUCCUCCUUCCGAACGAAAAGCGGGAGUUCCGCCAGAUGAGUUCAAUCGGCGAGUCUAAGAUCCAAAAGUACCUGCAAGAGUCUUACAUCACCAGUUUCCUCGAUUACAACACCUACCAGAUAAGCAGAACCUACCCGAAAGGAGCACGAAUACAUUCGGAAAACUACAAUCCAAUCCCUUGUUGGAAUGCCGGCGUGCAAAUGGUCGCUCUUAAUUUUCAAACACCCGAUUUGGCCAUGCAACUCAAUCAUGCGAAAUUCGCACAGAGGCAAGGAUGUGGAUACGUCCUCAAACCUGACUACCUGUUGUCGAGCUCUAUGGGUGCUGGAGAGAAAGGCACAGUGCGUAUCCCUGUUUCUUACAAUCCAUGCUCUAAACAAGACUACGAAGACAUAAAGACAAUACAACGAACAUCGAACCACUAUGGCAAACUGAAUCCGCAGAUAAUAAAGCUUAGAAUCCUUGGUGGACGGAAUAUCUUCGGACUGGGGAAAACGUAUCAAAGUCUUAAUACCUCAAACAUUGAGUACGGCGUUGAAAUCUGGGGAAUAGACGCGGACAAGCAAAAGCAUCGAUUUAAGCAAGAAGGAGCUAACACCCUCAACCCUGUAUUUGAUUGGAAAGAACUGAAACUCACGAUUCAUAACCCGGACUUAGCGUUCCUUCGAUUCGUUAUUUCCUCACCAGAUCCAAUGCCUCCUGCAACAGGGGCACUCUCGAAGGCCCUCAUAGAGGGCAUUAUAAAAGAGAACAGGGUUGUCAUGUUCUCCAAAACCUUCUGCCCCUUCUGCAACAAAGUCAAGGAUAGACUCAAGUCUAGGUUCAUUCCUUAUCAUGCUGUUGAACUCAACAAGUACUCUGAAACUGAAAUGUCCAAUUACCAGGACUUAUUGAAAGAGAUGACCGGCCAGAGAUCUGUCCCAAAUGUCUUCAUCGAUGGCAAGCAUAUUGGUGGAUGUGAUGAUACUCUCAAGCUCGAUGAUGAAGGCAACCUUCUUCCUUUAGUUAACGCAAAGGCUACCGAACCACACAGCUACGACUAUGACUUGGUUGUGAUUGGUGGUGGAUCUGGAGGUCUAGCUGCAUCAAAAGAGGCGGCAAAGCUCGGCAAAAAAGUUGCCGUCCUCGACUUUGUGAAGCCUUCACCUGCUGGAAACAGCUGGGGUCUUGGCGGAACUUGCGUUAACGUUGGAUGCAUUCCAAAAAAACUUAUGCACCAGUCUGCCCUUCUUGGAGAAGCCAUUCACGAUGCGAAAAAGUUCGGCUGGAAUAUUGAUCCCGAAAAAAUUAACCACAGUUGGGAAAACAUGCAAAUGGCUGUCGGCGAUUACAUCGGCUCGCUGAACUGGGGUUACAAAGUUGAACUUCGUGACAACAACGUCAAGUAUCUCAACAGCUACGGAGAGAUUAAGGACAACCAUACCGUCGUCUGCACAAACAAGCGAGGCAAAGUCGAAGAACUGACCACUCAAAAUAUCCUCGUUGCUACUGGCGAGCGUCCUCGCCUUCCAAAUAUUCCUGGAAUUGAGCAUGCAAUCAGCUCUGAUGAUUUGUUCUGGCUUACAGAGUGUCCAGGCAAAACGCUCGUCGUCGGUGCAAGUUAUGUGGCGCUCGAGUGUGCUGGAUUUUUGAAAGGAGUUGGCCUCGAUGUUGACAUUUGCGUGCGAUCAAUUUUUUUGCGAGGCUUUGACCAGCAGUGUGCCGAUAUUGUUGGUAGCCAUCUCGAGAAAGAGGUUGGCUGCAAAAUGAUCCGACCAGCCACACCGUCCUCGAUUGAAAAGCUUGAAAAUGGAAUGCUCAAGGUUACAAUGGACAUGAAAGACGGUACCCAAGUCGUGGAUGAAUACAAAACCGUCCUGAUGGCAAUCGGGCGAGACCCAUGCACCAAGGGCAUUGGCCUCGAAAACGUCAAGGUUGAGUUAGCUGAUAGCGGAAAAGUUAUCGUCAAUGACGCCGAAGAAACAAAUAUUGAAAAUGUUUACGCUAUCGGGGACAUCCUCAAAGAUCGCCUUGAGCUUACACCUGUCGCCAUCCAAGCUGGUCGACUUUUAGCUCGAAGAAUGUAUGCUGGUGGUGUCGAGAAGAUGGACUAUAACACAGUUGCUACUACAGUUUUCACUCCGCUGGAAUAUUCUUGCUGUGGUUAUUCGGAAGAAAAAGCGAUAGAAAAAUUUGGAGCAGAUAAUAUUGAAGUUUAUCAUCGAAAAUUCUGGCCGCUGGAAUGGACGCUUGCUGGAAAAGACGCCAAUCUUUGCUACAUGAAGGCAAUCACACUUCGUCAUGAGCCAAAUGAGCCUAUUGUCGGCCUCCACUAUGUUGGGCCAACCGCAGGCGAAGUCAUGCAGGGAUUUUCUGCUGCUAUGAAGGCUGGACUUACCAAAACGAUUCUUGAUGGAACAGUUGGUAUCCACCCUGUCAACGCUGAGUGGUUCACAGAUUUAUCCAUAACAAAACGCUCUGGAGCUGAGCUCAAAAACUCCGGCUGCUGA